AUGAAUCCCCACCAGGCGAAGAUCAAUGUCGAGUCCCUCUCCCCUGAGGAGCAGCGCCUCGUCCGGCUCUACGGCAAGCUCCCCAGCAAGUCGAACCACCUCGCCAAGCAUCUCAAGGAGCGCAAGUACUUUGACAGCGGCGACUACGCGAUGAGCAAGGCCGGAAAGGGCGACAGCGUCGACACGGGCUCCGUUGGCAGCCAGCACCCCGUCCCCGAGAACAUCCCCCAUCUGUCGAGCCCCGUCAGCGGACCCAACGGCAUUGGGAGCAUCCUCCAUCCCCACCAUCACCAUCAGCAUCACAAUGUCAGCAUGCAGGCAGGCAGCCCCGUCAAAGAGAGCAGCUUUCUUAACCGGGAGACCAGUGCCGAGGAGCUCGAGAAGGGGGUCCCGGUCUCUGGUGCCGGUGCAGAGAACGGUCAGGCUGGUGCCGAGCCGGCUGUUACACCCACCGCUCAGGACGAGCUUCCGACUAGACGAUAA